CUAGCAGCUAGGCUGCCAGCAUCAACAACAGCUCCCAGCCCUGAGCUGGGGUCUUCCUUCCACAUCUGACCCUGGGGGCCUGGAACACUCUGAGCCCAGAGCAAGUUCUCUCUGUUCCAGAACCAAAUCUGGUAGCAAAGCCAGGUGCUGUCCCUCAGAGGCCUGGGCCCUGUAGACUGGAGUGAGACUUUUGGGCCUUUCCAACUGCCUCACCUGGGAGUGGAGCCAGGGCACAUACAUAACCAUCACAGCCCUCCUGGCGCUGUCAGAGCAGCUGUCAGAGGCCAGCAGGAGCUGCUCCACGCCUGGGGAGCUGCUGCCCAGGAGCCUGGGGCAGAGAGCUAGGGCCCCAGGAGAUUUUAUCCAGGCCAGGCUGCAGAGGGCUGCACAGUUUAAUCAUUAAAGGAAAGGAAUGAAGCCAGGAGCGCCUCAAAGUCCAGCCUGUUGUUGACUAACACUAACAGAUGAGCAACGAACUGGCAGCAAUGGGGCCUGGAGCUUCAGGGGACGGGGUCAGGACUGAGACAGCUCCAAGUGUAGCACAAGACUCCAGAGUUGGUCUGCACGCCUAUGACAUCAGCGUGGUGGUCAUCUACUUUGUCUUCAUCCUUGCCGUGGGAAUCUGGUCGUCCAUCCGUGCAAACCGAGGGACCAUUGGUGGCUACUUCCUGGCCGGGAGGUCCAUGAGCUGGUGGCCAAUUGGAGCAUCUCUGAUGUCAAGCAAUGUGGGCAGUGGCUUAUUCAUCGGCCUGGCUGGGACAGGGGCUGCCGGAGGCCUCGCCGUGGGUGGCUUCGAGUGGAACGCAACCUGGCUGCUCCUGGCCCUCGGCUGGGUCUUCGUCCCUGUGUACAUCGCAGCGGGUGUGGUCACAAUGCCACAGUACCUGAAGAAGCGAUUUGGGGGCCAGAGGAUCCAGGUGUACAUGUCUGUCCUGUCUCUCAUCCUCUACAUCUUCACCAAGAUCUCGACUGAUAUCUUCUCUGGAGCUCUCUUCAUCCAGAUGGCAUUGGGCUGGAACCUGUACCUCUCCACAGGGAUCCUGCUGGUGGUGACUGCCAUCUACACCAUUGCAGGGGGCCUCACGGCCGUGAUCUACACAGAUGCUCUGCAGACGGCGAUCAUGGUCGGGGGAGCCCUGGUCCUCAUGUUUCUGGGCUUUCAGGAUGUGGGCUGGUACCCAGGCCUGGAGCAGCGGUACAGGCAGGCCAUCCCUAAUGUCACAGUCCCCAACACCACCUGUCACCUCCCACGGCCCGAUGCCUUCCACCUGCUUCGGGACCCUGUGAGCGGGGACAUCCCUUGGCCAGGUCUCAUUUUCGGGCUUACAGUGCUGGCCACCUGGUGUUGGUGCACAGACCAGGUCAUUGUGCAGCGGUCUCUCUCGGCCAAGAGUCUGUCUCAUGCCAAGGGAGGCUCCGUGCUGGGGGGCUACCUGAAGAUCCUCCCCAUGUUCUUCAUCGUCAUGCCUGGCAUGAUCAGCCGGGCCCUGUUCCCAGACGAGGUGGGCUGCGUGGACCCUGAUGUCUGCCAAAGCAUCUGUGGGGCUCGAGUGGGAUGUUCCAACAUUGCCUACCCCAAGCUGGUCAUGACUCUCAUGCCUGUUGGUCUGCGGGGCCUGAUGAUUGCCGUGAUCAUGGCCGCCCUCAUGAGCUCACUCACCUCCAUCUUCAACAGCAGCAGCACCCUGUUCGCCAUUGACGUGUGGCAGCACUUCCGCAGGAAGGCAACAGAGCAGGAGCUGAUGGUGGUGGGCAGAGUGUUUGUGGUGUUCCUGGUUGUCAUCAGCAUCCUCUGGAUCCCCAUCAUCCAAAGCUCCAACAGUGGGCAGCUCUUCGACUACAUCCAGGCUGUCACCAGUUACCUGGCCCCUCCCAUCACUGCUCUCUUCCUGCUGGCCAUCUUCUGCAAGAGAGUCACAGAGCCCGGAGCUUUCUGGGGCCUCAUGUCUGGCCUGGGAGUGGGGCUUCUGCGCAUGAUCCUGGAGUUCUCAUAUCCAGCGCCAGCCUGUGGGGAGGUAGACCGGAGGCCAGCAGUGCUGAAGGACUUCCACUACCUGUACUUUGCACUCCUCCUCUGCGGGCUCACUGCCAUCGUCAUCGUCAUCGUCAGCCUCUGUACCACUCCCAUCCCCGAGGAACAGCUCACACGCCUGACAUGGUGGACUCGGAACUGCCCCCUCUCUGAGCUAGAGAAGGAGGCCCACGAGGGCACUCCGGAGAUAUCCGAGAUACCAGCCGGGCAGUGCCCCGCAGGAGGUGGAGCAGCGGAGAACUCGAGCCUGGGCCAGGAGCAGCCUGAAGCCCCAAGCAGGUCCUGGGGAAAGUUGCUCUGGAGCUGCUUCUGUGGGCUCUCUGGAGCACCGGAGCAGGCCCUGAGCCCAGCAGAGAAGGCUGCGCUAGAACAGAAGCUGACGAGCAUUGAGGAGGAGCCACUCUGGAGACAUGUCUGCAACAUCAAUGCUAUCCUCUUGCUGGCCAUCAACAUCUUCCUCUGGGGCUAUUUUGCAUGAUUCCCCAGACCUGGCUUCAGUGUAGACAGACUAACAAAGCUCAAGUCUGUCAGCCACAGAAACAGGCUCUCCUCUUACUUUGCUGUCUAAACUGGAGACCACAGAAGUCAAGACUGCAAGAUCCCCUGAGGAGAAUCCAACUCAACCUGCACACUUGACGAGUGGAGAAACAGAAGCCCAGAGAGAGCACUGGGUUUGUUCAGGGCCACCCAGCAGGAGUCACACGGGGUUUCCCCACUCUUUCUGAUACAUUGCCUUACAGACCUACCUCAAACACACUGUUUCCAUCCUCUUGUUGAAUGUAUUCAGUAGCUUUACUGAAUGUGUGUCUUGAGGUUAGAAAAGUGGAGGAUACAAGAAAAGGAGCAGCAAGAAAUUUGCAAAAAUCCAAGAGCACUUUUGCUCCCCGUUAUCCUCCUUUCUCUUCCCCUUUCUGGUUCCCCUACCUCUCUAUCUUUCUAUUCUUACCAAUAAUCUGUUUGUAGCAUGAAUUUACCCAGGAGGGUCCUAUAUUUCCAUUGGUGGCUCCACAGUGGUGGCUGUCAGACCCGAAGGAGUGGGGAGCCAAGGGUGGACUUUAAGCAUGGUGACAGAUGGUGUUUUGAGCAGAAAGCUCUUGGACAAGGGACUAUCCAAAGCACUAUUUAAAUUCUGCCUCUUCCUACUCUCUAGCCCAAAUAUGCACAAAAUCUCUAUGGCCUUGAGAAACAGAGAGACAUGACUUGUGAAAACCACGAGGAAUCAAGACAUGUUACUCUGUAUUUAAGGAUAAGCCCCACAGUGGGCAGCACAAACAGCCUGGGAGCCACUGUGCCUGUGCCUCUCUGUCCUUCUCCCUUUGCUUGCUGUGUAUCUGCAUACCUUGGAAUACACUGUGACCCCAGUUAAGUGUCCCUUCGCCAGGCAGCUGCCGCAAUGUCCAAACCUGGGUCAAGGUCCCACGCCUGCUCCCAUAGCCCUGGACCUGCUUCUGUCACAGCACUGAUCACACCGAGAUGGAAGACUCCAGGCGGCAAGGACCAAGGGCCAUGUCCCAAGUGACUUUGUACCCAGAAAAUAACAGCUGUUCAAUAAGUGUGUAUUGAGUUAAUUAGUUCUCCAUGGUCCUGGUAGGCUUUGUGCUGCGGCUGGCUGGGUAGUAACUUGGGGUGUUAGCUGUUAGGGAUGAGUCUCCUUGACUUGGAGUUUAAGUAACUGAGUCUCAGACACCUAGAGUGAGAUCACAGCCCCAGUUUACUGACAGACACCAGGUGUGGGCGCGCCUUUCUUCUCCUGUCUCCCAGUUGAGGCUGCCCCUACUCUCAUCCAUUUAUACUGACUAGUAAUUACAACUGGAUAAAAAUAAAAUUCUAUUUCUUUGAGGUGUAGACACAGCAGAUUCCAUAAAUACCUCCUGUCGCUGCAGCCUCCAAAUUUUUGUUUCCAUUGACCUUGUGACCUUGCUUCUCACUUUAGUUGGCUCUGCCCUCUCUGUUGUUUCCCGUUAAUCCUUCCUGAGAACUCAGUUUUCCUCUGAUUGCUCCCAAAACCUUUCACACUAGUAUUUGUGUGUGACAUAUUAUAUUGAAGGUUUGGGGAGAAGAAUUCUAAACCACAGAAGCACAAUCUAAAAUUGGAUACUGAAUAUCUUAUUUUUAGAUGUUCCUCAGGAGCCUGCUCCCAGAAUUUCUCAGAGGUCUCUUCCUUAGUCUCCAACUUCCUGCCUUCUGCCUGGCUCUUUGUCCCCUUCCCCUCUGUAGAUUUGAGAGAUGUUUCUCCAUUCCUCCCCAAUCUUGGCCCUCCUCCUCCUCCUUUAUUGUCCUGAGCCUCUACUGAACUCCGGACGUAUCUCAUCUGACCCAAAGACAAGACAUGCUGUUGAAUACAGCAGGACUGCAGAAGGGUGGCCACUCCUCUUCCCUACCAUUUUGCCUGAUUAAUUCCUACUUGUUCUUCACAUCUCAGCUCAAAAGUCACAUCCUAAGUAAAGCCACACAGUCCUGGUAAUGAUCUAAGCACAGACACCUACAUCCCAAACAUGAACCCCUAACACCCAAGAUACAGUCUCAUGAUCCCCCAACUUUGCCUUCAAAGCAUAUGUCAGUGUAUACUACUAUAUUUGCGUGAUUCUUUCAUUAAUAGGCAUCUUUCCCUAGAUUGUGAGUUCCCUACUGAAUCCCCUUCACCUAGAUAGGUACCUGGCAUAUGGUGGGUACAAAAUUCUGUGUUAUAUGAAUAAGUGAAAGAAUAAAUGAAUGAAAUGAGUGAGUGAAAGGGUGCCCCUAGCAGAGGAAACCAAAGAUUAAAAACAAAAAGGUGGGAAAAAUCAUACAUAACUAGGGACAAAAAUAGUUUGAAAUGUCGGGAGUGGAAGAUACACGCGGACAGGACCGCUGCUAGUCCUUAUGCUUCAUUGUGAAACUGAGCAAAAGAUGCCUUUUUUCUUGGCAGAUACAGAUCCUCACUAUAGGGUGACAGGUGGCAGCCAGAGCCCAUGCUCACUUCAGCUCCCACAUGCCCCUAUUGGCCAGGUGUAUUUGUGCAGGGUACCACCUUCACAUGCAUGAGUGGUAGGCCUGCAUGUUGGGGAAUGUGUGGUGCAGUGACUGGGAGGUAAGCAGGUGAUAGCUCAGGAAGGAGGUUCCAUGCUAAACUUGGGACUUCAUCUCUUGUCUGGAUCAUUUCUACAGCCCCUUGAUUCUUAUCUCUCUUCCCAGUCUCUCUUCUUGCAAUUCAUCCUAUGCACUAUAGCAAGAAUGAUUUUUCUAAAAUGCAAAUAUUGUUCUAUCUAUUUAAGACUCUCCACAGAUGGUGUUUUCCAGUUUGGCGUGAGAUCCUAUGAAAAUUGCUAGAAAUAUAUCCCAGGGUUUUGUCCCUUCUGUACUAUAGCCAAAGAGAGGCUGUUAUGUGCAGUGGUUAAGAAGACUGCAGGGGCUUGAAAGACUGACCCUCUGGAACCAAAUCCUCAUUCUGUCAUUUUCUAAUGACAAGAUAUUGGAAAAGUUGCUUAACUUCUCUAUCUUUUCUCAUCCACAAAAUGGAGACAGUAAUAGCAGCUACUUCACUGGGUUGAUGAGAAGAUUAAAUUAGUUAAUUCAAAUAAAGUAUUUAAAAUAGUGCCUGGCAUAUAACUAAAGUACUUAAUAAAUGUUAGCUAUUAUUGAGACAGCCAGGUGGGACGGGCUCCCUGGCAAAACUCCAACCAGCCUAUGCACUGAGAGGAAUGCACACUGGGAUGGAGCCACAGACAUUUGUGCCAUUUGCAGCAGGGAGGAGCCUGGCCCCUCCUCUUCUUGGGUGGAACCUGGAAUUCAAUCUGUGAGGUGGGAUUCCUACACUAGCAGGAACUCUGGCCUUGCAGAGAGUCCCUGUUACCCCUUUUUUCCUUUUUGCCCAAUAAAUCCUGUUAUUCUCACCCUUCAAAUCGUCUGUGAGCCUAAUUUUUUAUGGCCAUGUGAUAAGGACCUGGCUGUUAGCUGAACUAAGGAAAACAUCCCACAUUAUUACUGCUAUUAGUAGCAGGCAAGAUGAACACAUAAGGAGGCAUGACAUUACGUAGCAAUGUUAUUUUAGAUCUAGCACAAAAUGCUGUCAGAGAAAAGAGCAGGGAGGAAUUAGUUCUACCAGGGAAAUCAGGAAAGGGCAGAACAUAAAAUUGCAUAAUAGAGCUGGAGUUUGAAGGAUGAAUGAAUGGGAGUUUUCUAGAAAAAGUCAUACAAGGUAGUGAGGCACCAUGUGCAAAAGGGUUAAGGUACAAAAGUGCACAAUGAAUUCUCAUGAAAUAGGGAUACUAUUUAUUCAUUUGUAAAUGUCAACCCUGCAUAUUUAAUUUCCCCUUAUAAACCCUGUCUAUAUUUAGCCUCUUGCCUCUAAGGCAGAGCUGUGAAGAUUACUGACCAGGGACUGAAGAGAAUGGGCAUUGCACCACUGGGGCAGAGGCUAUCGUUGUCCUUGCCCAUAUCCUCUAGGUCUCAGCAGUCCUGUUUGCUGUGACUUCCUGCUGAAAGUCCCUUCACCGCUCUGCUGAGGGCUUUCUCUGACUGUAGAGAAAUGUUCAAUCCCUGCAUACAACAAGCUAGAAGUGCUGGGAGUUGACACACCUGGGAGCAGCCUUGAACCAGUGACGAAAAAGAGUUUGAGGAUAAGCACUGUCAGUCCCUUGCCCUGAAGUGGGACAACUUGGAGCCUUGCUCUAAAAUAUCUUUCAGAGGCUCUCAGGGACAAUGAGGCACAGCUGCCCACCAUGUUAAUAUGUCCAUUAACACACCCUGCAUAGCUCCCUUCCCUUCCCUGUCUCAUUUCCCCAUUUCCUGGGUGGUGUUUCCCGGGAUCUCCUCUGAAAUAAACCGCUGGCACCUGGUCUCACGUGCUGCUUCUGGGAAACCAAACAAAGACAGUUUUUUUUUUUACAGGAAAUCAGGCUUUGAAGUUGGGCUUUGUGGAGUGGGAAAAGGGUAAAGUCUGGAGGAUUUUGGCCAUGAAGUCUUACCCACAGGGAGAGAAGCUCUCCUGUCUAGUAUCGAGUCUUAGCCUUGCUGCUGGCCACAGGAAGUGGGUGCUGAAGGGAACGUUUUCAGGCAGAGGGAACAACCCAUACAAGGAGAUCUAUGAGUUUAUCUCCAGUUUUGAAGUUUCACAAUCAAGAUUUCUUUCAUUUUGGCACUAAACGCUAUCAAUAAUGUCAUGGGCCGCACCUUGUUCCAGGCACUAGGGGUACCAUGGUGUUCAAGCUUUGGCACCUUCUUAGUUCUCAGUUAGACUCAGUUCUCUGAGGACCAGGAUGUUUCUCCUUUAACUCUUAUCAUGCAGUAAAACAGCCAAUGUGGUGGAAAGAAAAGGACCCUAAGCCGAAAGUCAGGAGACCCAAGCUCCAUUCCCAGGGUCUCAGGGAGAGUCCGAGGCAAACAGUGAAUAGCUGCAGUGCAGGAAGCUCACAGGUCAGGGUCAGUCCUAGAAGGGCUCUCAGUGAUGAGCUAAUCAGACUCGCACAUUUCACAGAAAGAGACACUGGAGAAUUCUAGAAGGGAUGGGACUUGCUUAAGGCCAUGCAAGGAUUCAGCAACAAUCAUCCAGGCCCUUGAAGAUGAAAAGUGUUUCAGGGGUAGUGGGCAAGCCAAGAAUGAUAUAGGAGGGGCUGGAGAAACAGGCAUAUUGAGGCCUAUAUUACCACCAAUCCCUGGGCAGGUCUACUGAAGGCACACACGUCACACGCACAUUUACAUUUUCAUUAAUGUGUCUGUCACACUCAUCAUUUGAAGGGGUCUCCAAGGUCCUCAUUCAGCCCUACUUCCCAUAUCCCAUGCCAUUGUUCAUGCGGCUCCCUUUGCCUGGAACACUUACCCUUGACCUUCUACCUAUCUCCUAUCUACCUUCUGCCUAUCUCCUACUCACCUCAGGAAGCAUUUCCUACUAACUUUUCAUGCUGCCUCCUCCACUCACCCAAGUUGGUUUUGUGUCCUUCCUCUGAGCCUCCACAGGCCCCUGUGUUUCUACCAUAGCAAGUUUCAUGCAAGUGUUAUAAUUAUUUUCAUAUCUUCUUUGCCAUAGACUGGUGCUCUUUGAAAGUAGGCGUGGUGUUCAUCUAGGGGUUGCAUUGUUUUAGGACAUUUAGUAAGCUCUUCAUAAAUGUUCAAUGAAUGAGUGAAUGAAUGCAUGCUCAAUUUACUCCAUUAUAUUUUGGCCCUGGAUUCCUUAGUUCUUAGCCACAAUCAAGAGAAAGAAUAAUAAACAAUAUCUGUACAAUCUGUAUAGACUUUAGAGUUACAAAGUCCUGCCACGGGUGAGGUCUCAUUAAAUUCCUACAACUCCUAGAGGUAGGUAGACAAGUAUCUCCUUUUCAGAAAGGCCGGUCAACACCCAAAUGUGAACUUCAGGACAGCCUCUAAAAAUUAAAAAGCAAAGCAGCCUUUUUUGUCUCCAAGUUCCAACAACCCCUUUCACAUUCAGAAUGUCCCGUGUAUUUGAGGAAUCUCAGAGGGUAGCAUUCACCAUUUGUGCCUCAGUUGUUCCAGUCUAAUGUGAACCUUCAGCCUCAUUGACUCUAAUGCUCCCGUGGCCCCUUUCCAAACCUGUCAUCUUUGCCAUGCUCUCCCAUUCCAGCAGGGCCUUGUUCUCAGGUUGAUCUCUCCAUCUCUACCUGCCCAUAUGUACAUAUGAGAUGUCACCUGGCUCACAAUAUAUGUAUAUAUUUCAGCAGGGUUCUUAGCCCCCCUUUCAAUUGCAAGGUGAUGUCAGGCCUUCUACCAAGUCACUUAAAAGGAAACUGCCUGUCCAUUGGGUCAGUUGUCAGCUGCCACAGUGAGAGCUGUAACCACCUCUCUGAAACCUUUCAGGGCCCCUACCCCAACUCACCUCCAGUUGGUGCAUGGGGCAGUGGUAAAAAUACUAGAUGAGUGGGUAAAAGAUUUGUAUCCUAGCUUAAUUUUGUCAUUACUUGCUUUAUGACCCUCCCUAGCCAUCCCUCAGUUGCUUCUUCCUUAAAAGAGGAGAGGCGAAAAGGCUUGAAUUAGAUUAGAUGAAAUCUAAGGACGCUUCUCAUGUUGACGUUGUGUGCUUCUGAUUCGAUUCCACAUUUGUCUCCUUGGGGCAGAAAGUGGAUGGGUUGGUUGGUGGUAGUGGAGGGUGUACAGGGAAAGUCAUAUGCCAGCUUGAGAGGCAACAGCACAAA